GCGGGGCCCUGGAGCAGAGGCUGGGCUGAGCUAGAGAAUAAAGCAGGGAUUUAUGGAAAUGCCGUCAAAGGAUGCACCUCGGGCAGCACGAGGGCCCGGCCACGGUUCCACCCAAGGCGGACCCAAGCCGGCAGGCGCUGGCGCUGGCGCUGGCGGCCGCGCUCUGGGGCGGCUCGGGGCCGUUCCUGCGGGCGGCGGCGGCGGAGGAGCCAUAUUAUAUAGUGUUGUAUGCACCGAGCACCUUUUUUUGUUUUUCACACACCCUCCCUUUGCUGGGCUCCGUGCUGAAUCCCCAUCCUCAGUGGGUUGCUCCUGCAGCCCUGCCCUUCCCCUGCACAAUUCCCAGCCCUGCCAGGUGUCCUGGGCUGGGCUGGCACCCCCGUGUGCCAGGCGGGACCCCAGCAGCCCCUGCUCUCCUGCAGUACCUGGUGCCCGUCCUGCUCAACCAGGCUGGAUCCCUGCUCUUCUACCUCACCCUGGCCUCCACAGACCUGUCCCUGGCAGUGCCACUCUGCAACUCCCUGGCUUUGGUUGUGACCUUGGUGACUGGGAAAAUCCUGGGAGAGGACAUUGGGGGGAAAAGGGCUGUGGCAGGAAUGCUGCUGACCAUGCUGGGAGUGUCCCUGUGCCUGGCGGGGGCCUGAGCAGCAGCAGGGGCUGCUCCUGCCCCAGCCCCACCUGCGAGGGUGUUUUGGGGUGGCCAGAUCCCUGGAGUGCCCUCCCGGAGUGCCAGCACUGCAGGGACAGCCACUUCUGUGCCUUGAGGGGGCCUGGGGGCUCUUUGCAGAGCAGUGUCCUGUGCAGCACUGCAGGGGUAAGAAAUGGUUAAUAAAUUGUCCCGUGGGACCUCCUG